AUGGCCCCCGUGUCGCUCACUGUCCGGCCCCCAAAAGGGCGCGGAGCUCCCUCUCAGCGCAUGUUCCAGGACGACUCGGACGACGAGGGCGACUUUGGGCGUGCUAGCUCUUCCAGCUCUCGGCGCGGCCGCGAGGAGAGGAUUGACGGUUUCGCGAAUGGCCGACAAGUCGGCACGAAGAAGGAGAAGCCGCUCGUCAUUGCACCACAGCCGAACAAGGAUUGGCGUGCUGCCGCUCGUGCUGCGCCGAGCUACCGUCCUGAAGUGAAGCGGGAGGAAGAGGUCGUGACCCACGAACGAGUGGGUGAUGGGCCGCAGCGCCGUGGACUGCGCAAGCUCACCCCGCCCCCGGAUACCAAGCCGUCUGCUUCGGAUCUCGAGGCAGCCGACACCGCCGCAUCAACAUCAGUCUCAACACCUGCCGCGGGCGACGAACAGCCGGUGAAGGAGGAGAAGGAGAUGACUCUCGACGAGCGCGCGCUCACGGCCCUGAUCGCGGGCGAGAACGAGGAGAAGCCUGAUGUCGACGAUAGCAUGGUCAUUGGCCUGAACAGCAACACGUGGCAAGCGCAAAACGAGGCGGACGCUCUGCAGCGCGACCUGGGCGGAUUGCCUGAUGAAGCGACACUCGAGGACUACGCCGCGGUGCCCGUCGAGGCGUUCGGCGCCGCCAUCCUCCGCGGCAUGGGCUACGAUCCGAAGAACGACACGGAGAUCCACGUCCCGAAGAGCCGACCUGCUCUCCUCGGUCUCGGCGCCAAGGCGCUGUCGUCGGAGCUUCCGCCAGCCAGCCACAAGAAGAAGAAGCGACAGGAUCCGGCCACGAGGGGAGGGAGGGGUUUCAAUGCUGCAAACCUCCUCGUGAAGAGGGAGAGCGAGACACCAACAUCGAGCCGUGGCGUGAGCCGCGAUGUGAGCCGCGAUGCUUCUCCGAGGAGGGUUGAGGAUCGCGACGACAGGCGGAGAGAUGCGAGUCCGAGACGUAUCGAGGACCGCCGCGACAGAGACAGGGACGGGCGGAGGUACGAGACGGACGAGGAGCGAGCCCGCCGAAAAGCGCGUGAGCGUGAGCGGGACCGCGACUACGACAGACGAGAUCGUGAGCGGGACGAGCGGAGGGAUCGUGACCGCCGCGACGAACGGGACCGACGCGACCGAGACCGAAACGACAGGCGGGACAGGGAUCGCCGCGACGACCGGCGGGACCGUGAUCGCGAUGACCGACGAGACCGCGACCGCGACCGAAGCGACCGUGACCGCCGCGACCGUGACAGGGACGACAGGCGGGAUCGCGACCGCGAGAGAGAAAGGUACAGGGCCGAUUGGCGCGAUCGUGAGCGUGAGCGCGGCGGGCGCUAA